CGUCAUUUCAGCAUAAUACAGUGAGCAACCCCAAACCAAAACCGUCUCCGUUCCACUCUUUGCUUCUGUUUGCUCUGCCCGCGGUAGUGAACUGAAUAAAGUUACCCACAAGCGGCAAGCCUCCAUUUGUGUUGUAUUGUACUAUUCAUUUGGUUGCGACCGAUACCCUACUCUUCUGUUACUCUUCUUUCUGUCUCUACGUUUCUGACUUGAGAAGAAAUGGUGGUUAGAGAACACGACUCUGCUUCGUUCAAUGAUUUGCCGAAGAAGUGUUUGGAAUUUGACAAACAAGCUCUUUCCGCCCCCGUGAAAACUGCAGUUGAGAAGUUCCAAUUAGUCCCUGAGUUCUUAAAGGUGAGAGGUCUUGUGAAACAACAUUUGGAUUCCUUUAACUAUUUUGUGAGGACGCAGAUAAAAAAGAUUGUUCAAGCCAAUGACCUCAUCACCUCUAAGAUCGACCCAAGUAUUUAUUUGAGAUACAAAGAUGUUCGAAUUGGUGAACCAUCUUUGUUAACAGAUGGUUCAGUCGAUCAACUUAACCCCCAAAGGUGCCGCCUAUCUGACCUUACCCUUGAUACUGCUGAAACUAAUAUACGCAAUGAGAGCAAGCACAUUUUGCUGGUGUUUUAUUGUGACUUUGUUGUUCUAAGUUCUUUAUCCAUUCCCUUAGGUGAAUGCCCACUCGAUCCUGGGGGGUACUUUGUCAUUAAAGGAAAUGAGAAGGUGAUUUUGAUACAAGAGCAACUUUCAAAGAACAGGAUAAUCAUUGAUACUGAUCAAAAAGGAUGUGUGCAAGCAUCUGUGACAAGUAGUACGGAAGCAACAAAAAGCAAAACAGUUAUAAAGAUGGAGAAAGAAAAGAUCUAUCUGUACCUAAAUCAGUUUUCAACAAAGGUCCCUAUCAUGAUUGUCCUGAAAGCUAUGGGCAUGGAAAGUGAUCAAGAGGUUGUCCAGAUGGUUGGAAGAGACCCUCGGUAUAGUCAACUCCUAUUGCCUUCUAUUGAGGAUUGUGUGAAGGAUGGUAUACAUACCCAAUCUCAGGCACUGGAGUUCCUUGAACAGAAGGUUAAGAAGUCACCAUAUUACUCUGCAUAUGAGAAGGUUAAGCUUUUGUAUUACUAUACUGACAUUGAAGGGCGUGCACUGAGCAUUCUCCGCGACACAUUUCUUGCAAACGUUCCUGUGCGUCAAAAUAAUUUUCGUCCAAAAUGCAUAUACGUUGCUGUAAUGUUGAGGCGCAUGAUGGAAGCAAUCUUAAACAAGGAUGCAAUGGAUGACAAGGAUUACGUGGGGAACAAAAGAUUGGAACUGUCUGGCCAAAUGUUGGCCUUACUUUUUGAGGAUUUAUUCAAGACAAUGAAUGAUGAAGCCUGCAAAGCAAUUGAUGAGAACUUAACAAAGCGACUGCUUUCUAGUCGAUUUGACAUUUCUCAGUAUAUUGUGAAAGAUAGAAUCACGGUUGGUCUAGAAAGAUCCCUUUCUACUGGGAAUUGGGAUGUCAAAAGAUUCAGGAUGCACCGGAAAGGAAUGACACAGGCUGUACAACGACUUUCAUACAUAGGUACUUUAGGUCAUAUGACCAGAAUCUCACCGCAGUUCGAAAAAUCUAGGAAAGUUAGUGGACCUAGAGCAUUGCAACCGAGUCAGUGGGGCAUGUUGUGCCCCUGUGAUACUCCAGAAGGUGAAGCUUGUGGAUUGGUGAAAAAUCUGGCUCUGAUGACUCAUGUUACAACGGAUGAAGACGAAGGGCCCCUCAUGUCUCUGUGUUACUCUCUUGGUGUAGAAGACUUGGAGUUACUUUCUGGUGAAGAACUUCACAUGCCAAACUCCUAUUUGAUCAUAUGUAAUGGAUUAAUUCUUGGAAAGCAUAGGAAGCCACAAAGAUUUGCCAAUGCAAUGAGAAAACUGCGCAGGGCUGGUAAAAUUGGCGAGUUUGUGAGCAUUUUCGUGAAUGAAAAGCAGCGUUGUGUUUACAUUGCUUCAGAUGGUGGACGUGUUUGUCGUCCACUUGUCAUUGCAGACAAAGGCGUGUCAAGGAUUAAGGAGCACCAUAUGAAGGAGUUAAAGGAUGGAGUGCGGACAUUUGACAGUUUUCUGAAGGAAGGCUUGAUAGAAUAUCUUGAUGUCAACGAGGAGAACAACGCUUUGAUUGCUUUACAUGAAGAGAAUGCUAAGGAGGUUACAACGCAUAUUGAAAUAGAGCCUUUUACCUUACUGGGUGUGGUUGCUGGAUUGAUCCCAUAUCCUCAUCAUAACCAGUCGCCAAGAAAUACAUAUCAGUUACGUAGGAUGGAUACUUUAAUGUAUCUUCUAGUUUAUCCGCAACGACCACUACUAACAACACGAACAAUUGAGCUGGUCAGCUAUGAUAAGCUGGGAGCUGGACAGAAUGCAACUGUUGCAGUUAUGAGUUAUAGUGGCUAUGACAUAGAGGAUGCUAUAGUGAUGAAUAAAUCGUCCUUGGAUCGUGGUUUUGGACGUUGCAUUGUCAUGAAAAGAAUGACAGCAGUUGUCCAAACGUAUGAAAAUAAUGCAUCCGAUCGCAUUGUUAGGCCACAAAGAGGAGCUUAUGGGAUGCAGGUUUUGGAUGAUGAUGGAAUAGCAGCUCCUGGGCAAAUUAUUCGACCCGAUGACAUCUAUAUUAACAAGCAGACCCCCAAAGUCACUAGAGGGCAGCCCAACUCCCAUGUGGCACUGGCUGAUAGUGCAUACAAUCGAUCUCCCCAGACAUACAAAGGUCCUAAGGGGGAGACUCCUGUUGUGGAUAAGGUAGCACUUUGCUCUGACAGGAAUAACAACCUAUGCAUCAAGUUCAUUAUUCGACAUACUCGGAGGCCAGAGGUUGGUGACAAAUUUAGUAGUCGUCAUGGGCAAAAAGGAGUGUGUGGUACUAUUGUUCAACAGGAGGAUUUUCCCUUUUCAGAACGUGGAAUAUGUCCUGAUUUAAUCAUGAAUCCCCAUGGAUUUCCUAGCCGUAUGACUGUUGGGAAGAUGAUAGAACUUCUUGGUGGCAAAGCUGGAGUUUCAUGUGGUAGGUUUCAUUAUGGCAGUGCAUUCGGGGAGCCCAACGGUCAUGCAGACAAAGUUGAGACGAUAAGUGAAACUCUUGUGAAGCAUGGUUUUAGCUACAAUGGCAAAGAUUUCAUCUACUCAGGUCUUUCUCUCAGACUUUCAUAUUUAUCUUCGAUCAAAAUUUUAAGCAUUACCGGUGAGCCACUGCAAGCUUAUAUUUUCAUGGGUCCAAUUUAUUACCAGAAGUUAAAACACAUGGUGUUAGAUAAAAUUCAUGCUCGAGGUACUGGACCCCGAGUUAUGAUGACUAGACAGCCUACAGAGGGGCGGAGUAGAAGUGGAGGUUUGCGAGUGGGGGAAAUGGAACGGGAUUGCUUAAUUGCAUAUGGAGCCAGUAUGUUGAUAUAUGAACGCUUGAUGAUAUCUAGUGACCCAUUUGAGGUUCAGGUGUGCCGGAAGUGUGGUCUCCUUGGUUAUUACAGCUUUAAGCUGAAGGCUGGAAUAUGCUCUACAUGCAAGAAUGGAGAGAAUAUGUCUACCAUGAAUUUACCCUAUGCAUGCAAACUUUUGAUCCAGAUAAGAUAUACACACACGGAGAAACACCCAGUUUACCUUCGAGAUUUGACGGUGAUCACCCUACUGUAUACAAGAAAAAAAGAAGAAGCACAAGUCCUUUAAUUGUGCUUUUCCCGCACUCACGCAUUUCUCCAAGGAGCUCCAGUCAAUGAAUAUCAUUCCUCGUUUAAAAUUAACUGAGGCUUGAUUCAAUGUUGUGAGGGUCAAGGAGAUGACGCGCAAGUGAUUUUGCAUUGCUGCUUGUAAAGAUGUGCCCAUGACGUAGUCCUUUAAAGCAAUAUUGGAUGGCCACACUUUACUACAUUCAUCUCACCCAAAUGUCUCUCUUUCUUUCUAUGAAGCACCACAUUUGCCUUUUUAUAAUUCUACACCUACUUCAUUACAAUUGUCUAGGACUGUACCAUUCAUUGAUGACUUUAUCUACAAAAAUAAUGUGUUGUUUGUUAUUUUUUUACGUAACAUGUAUGUUCCAGAAUGUGUGGUGAAGCAUAAAGCAUUAAAAGGAACAAAAUACCAAAAUCUUUAGAGCAAUUACUUUUUCAAAUAUGUAUGAUUUUUUUA